AAACUUGGUGGGAGAGCAUACUGCAUAAAUCUUCUUUCUAGUUAGGGAAGAGAGAGAAAAUAGAGAGAGAAGUAGUCAAGGGUUUCUCUGACGGUUUUUGGAGAACUUAACAACAACAACAACAGAGAUUAAGAAAAUGGAGCAAGUAACAGAAGGAGUUAGCAAUCUUACCGUUACAGAUUCAUCUGACAACACAAACAACACCACCACCACCAACAACAACAACAACAACAACAAUUUCAACAACAAUAAGAAAAACCGUAUUCAGGUUUCCAACACUAAAAAGCCCCUCUUCUUCUACGUCAAUCUUGCCAAGAGGUACAUGCAACAACACAAUGAGGUGGAGCUCUCUGCGCUUGGAAUGGCCAUUGCAACAGUCGUCACUAUUGCUGAGAUUUUGAAAAACAAUGGAUUUGCUGUUGAAAAGAAAAUCACUACUUCAACGGUUGACAUCAAUGAAUCAGGGGAACGGCCUGUCCAGAAAGCUAAGAUUGAAAUUGUGCUGGAGAAGUCAGAGAAUUUCGACGAGUUGAUGGCUGCUGCUGCGGCGGAGGAGGCAGAUGCGGAGGAGGAGCAGGCAUAGGAUCUCUAGGCAGCUGUGGUUUCUUCUCAGUUUUUAUUGUGUGUUUGUCACUGGUUUGUAAGGGGUUGUCCUGAUUUCUAUCAAGUAAAGUGUACUAACAGAUUUAGCCACGAAGGCUUUCCCUAUCAAUUUUGUAACAAAAGGAAACAUAUCUUUAUUCUGAUUUCUUAUAUUGCACUGUGAUUUAUUCUUA